AUGGGUGUGGUGACUCGUGCAGAGAUGGAACAACAGCUUCGAGAGGCCGAGUAUGAUAAACAGGAAAUGGCUCGAAAAAUGCAGAUGAUCGCUAUGGAGAAUGCAAAAUUGAGAUCGAAGGUCUCCAACUUUCGAGCCCAGAUGCAAGCCAUGAUAAAUAGGCAAGCGCGUACCACUCGCAAAGCAGCAGUCGUCCUUCCCUGUUCUCCAGCCACAACGAGCACCAGCAGCAAACCAGCCCCGGCGUCCUCGCUGCUCACGGCCACGACCCCAUCACCGACAACACCCGCUGCAAUCAUCAAGAUUCACCCGAGCCCGAGGCCACCUAGCCUGCCAGCGGCUAUCCGAGCGGCUCCCUUUGCAGCCCGAGCACUGUCCAGCCACGCCAGCACGGCCGUGAGCAGAGCACAACCUUCCUCUGCUCCGGCCUGUUCCAGCAACGCAACGACCAGCCCCCCCCCCUUCCGGCGAGCACCACUGGUCCGAGUUCCCCACAUCAGGCUAGUGCAGAAAAUCCGCACCCGUCGCUGCUCACAGCCGUCCUCCGACGGUGCUGCGACCGCUCCAGAAACUUUAUCUCCUGUUGCUGCCGCCACGAGCCUGAGAAGCCUGCGGGAGACUGCUACACUCCGGUGA